UGUUUUUAAGAGUAUAAAACAGGGAAGAGUAUGUUAGGAAGCUGGUAAGCUAAACAGCAGUUUUAGUAAUGGCAUUGUUACGCCCAAUAGCAACUGCUCUUCACUGUGCAAAUAAACCAACUAGUCAUCAAACAACAAAAGGUAAGAUCGUAACUGUACUCAGCAUCGAUGGAGGGGGCAUCAGAGGCAUCAUUCCUGGAACCAUUCUCGCCUUUCUCGAAUCCAAGCUUCAGGAACUGGACGGGCCAAAUGCAAGGAUAGCAGACUACUUUGAUGUGAUAUCUGGCACAAGCACAGGUGGCCUGGUCACUGCAAUGCUCGCAGCUCCUGAUAAAGAUAACAAGCCUCUCUUUGCUGCCAAAGACAUCAACAAAUUUUAUUUUGAACAUGGACCCAAAAUAUUCCCACAGGACAGUGCCUCCGCGACUGGGCCAAAGUAUGAUGGAAAGUACCUGAGAUCGAUAAUAAAGGAUUUAUUAGACACCAAGACCAUGAACCAGACUCUUUCAGAUGUGAUCAUUCCGACUUUUGACAUUAAACUGAUUCAACCUAUGGUGUUUUCUACAAGUGAUGCGAAAAUAAAAACAUCAAAGAAUGCAUUACUAGCAGAUGUUUGUGUGGCCACUUCUGCAGCUCCUACCUUUUUACCAGCACACUACUUUGAGACUAAACAUGAAGAUGGGAAGACACGGAGCUUCAAUCUCAUUGACGGUGGAGUUGCUGCAAACAAUCCCACUCAGGUGGCUAUAACCCAUAUUUUCAACCAAAUUGUGAAAGGACACUUUGAUACUGUGGAUAUCAAACCAAUGGACACUACGAAAAUUCUAGUUGUAUCACUUGGAACCGGUACAGCUAAGUUUGAGGCGAAGUACAAUGCCACCAUGGUUGCUGAAUGGAGUCCGAUCAAUUGGAUUUUUGAUAAGGGAGCUACCCCUUUGAUCGAUGUUUACAGUGCUUCAAGCACUGACAUGGUCGACAUUCAAGUUUCAUCAAUGUUUCAAGCCCUUGGAGCUGAGAAAAAUUAUCUGCGUAUUCAGGAUGAUAAUCUUACAGGGACUACAACAUCAGUUGAUGGAGCAACCACAACAAAUAUGGAGGCGCUCGCUGACAUAGGAAGUAAGCUGCUGGAGAAGUCAGUAGCCAGGGUGAAUGUCGAUACAGGGGCAUUUGAGCCUGUGGUCGGAGAAGGUACUAAUUCUGAUGCUCUCACUCGCUUUGCCAAGUUGCUUUCUGAUGAAAGGAAGAUCCGCAUAGCUAAAUAGGUAAACAGGAUGAAAGUUGUUACUCUCAGAGAAAAUAUCAGUUGGUUGGCUAUUGUACUUUUCUCUUGUUUUUUUCCGGAUAAUGAGCACUCAAUUAGGUAGCCAGUAAUUUUCCUUCUUCACAAUGUAGUGUUCUCUGUAACAGAUAAAAAUUGGUGCAUCAAGCAUCAUACUUUUAUUAAAUGAGCAACAAUUUUCGAGGGUA